CGAGCAGCACUGGUGACCAAAACAACCGUCAUGCUUUGCGAGGUGCUAGUGUAGAAGAAUACAAGAUGGCGCUGAUGUUGAGGAGCUCAGCUAGAUUCCUGCGCCCGACGGUUCUUCGUCAGUCAUGCAUUUUAGCGAGAAGCUUACCAAUGGCUACUGCAGCUGAUUCGAAAAAAGAAGACUUCUUCAAAAAGAACGAAAGGCUGAAGCGACCUAUGUCUCCGUUUUUGUUGACGUACAAGUUUGAGUUUCCUGCUCUCCUAUCUGGAUCUCAUCGUGUAACUGGCGUCAUCAUGACUACAGGCACUACCAUCUUUGCCCUUUGCGCAUUGGGCUUACCUGAGGGCCUGGAGCAUUAUGUCAACGUCAUCAAGGGGUGGGAGCUUCCUCGACCUUUCAUCUUCACGUGCAAGACGCUGCUUGCUUGGCCUGUGUGCUACCAUGGCCUCAAUGGCCUAAGGCAUCUGUUCUGGGACAUUGGCAAGGGCUUUGAGAUCAAGACCUUGUACAAAACUGGCACGGUGGUCGGUUCCUUAGCCACCCUUUUGGCCAUUGCUGCUGCGUACUACCUCUAGCCAAUCAGAUGUCACACCAAGAGAAUAAGAGAGUUGUAAAGACUAGUAAUAUAAGUAAUAACCCAGGAAGCUUUGUCUGUUUUUUCUUGUAAACAGUACAAAUGUUCACAAAUGCUACUUUGGUCAUGAAGUGCUAGAGAGUAUUUCUAACUGUCAGAAUUAGCUGGAGAACAUAUUGUAGAGUCUAUAUUUUAAAAUGAUCUCAAACAUCUGAUAACUCUAGCCAAUUGUGUUUAAGGUAAAAAAAAUGUUUUAGAAAAUACUUUAUUAAAAGAUCACUGAACAACA